AUGGCCAAGCUCUACAACGUCCCUCCCGAGGAGUCAGAGCCCGUCGUCACCUCACACAUCAAUGGCAGCACCGAGGAGAUUCUCGCACGGUACUGCAUCACCGAGCUAUGCAAAGGCUGGCCCGUCUACCGUGAUGCCUCAGAAUGGAAGAACUACCGCUCUUUGUUCACCAAGGAGGGCGCAUAUGUCUGGACCACCUGGUCCGGCGGCCUCACAAUCGAGCAAUUCAUCGACGUCUCCAUCAAAGGCCGUGCCAACGGCGACUUCAUCAUGCACCGCGAGAACGGCACACUGGCCAACGUCAACCUCUCCACCGAACGCGGCAUCGGCAAGAUGAAGGCCACCAUCACCCAACGCGUGCACCUCAAGGGCAUCCCCGUGGACGUCGAGUGCGACUGCCGCUUCAUCUUCUUCGUCAAGAAGGAAGGCGGCGAGUGGAAGACGCAGUUCGUUAAGCUGUUCUACGAGAAGGACAAGGUCGUGCCUGUCGAUGGCAAGACUGUUCCUGAUUUCCCCAAGGAGGAGCUGCAGAAGUAUACCGAGGGUUACCAGUAUUUGGGUGCGGCGCAGGCGACGUUGGGACACAAGAUUCUGAAUGACUUGCCGAAUGCCAAUAACAAGGGAUGGUAUGAUAUGUACACAGCGAUGGCGGACUGGUUGCAGGGCAAGGAGAUCGAUUUGUUUUGGGAGCAUAAGUGA